AAUGCAGGAAAUGAGCUACCUACAGGAUAAUUCCAAGGUGGAGGCCCUCACCAAGGCGGUGCUCAUAUCGAUACUGGGCGUGGCCAUCGUCCUGUCCAACCUCCUCAUAAUCGCCACCUAUGCCAACUUCAAGGGACCCACAGAGGUGAUCAACUACUACCUCUUGUCCCUGGCCAUCGCCGAUCUGCUCUGCGGACUCCUGGUGGUGCCCUUCUCCGUGUAUCCCGCUUUGACCGGAGAAUGGAUGUACGGCGACAUCGUGUGCCGCUUCACCGGCUAUCUGGAGGUCACUCUGUGGGCGGUAUCGGUGUACACCUUCAUGUGGAUAUCGGUGGAUCGCUAUCUGGCGGUGCGGAAGCCACUCAGAUAUGAAACGGUGCAGACGAAAACGAGAUGCCAAUGCUGGAUGGUGUUCACCUGGAUAUCGGCGGCCCUGCUGUGCUGUCCCCCAAUCCUGGGCUACUCGAUGCCCAUCGAGAACAACAUGACGCACAUCUGCAUGCUGGACUGGGGGAAUAUGGCGGCAUAUAGCGCCACCUUGGCGAUAUUAGUCUUAGGUCCCAGCCUCAUUUCAAUCGUACACAACUACGGCUAUAUCUUUGUAAUGAUGCGUAAGAUUAGGUCCGGCGAGCCGAUACACGAUAAAGAAUAUGCAACUGCUCUGGCUGAAAAUUUAUCGAACCCUAGUCAUAUGAUGUCAUUCGCAUUAGUCUUUGCAUUCUGGGUGUCCUGGCUGCCAUGGAUUCUGUUGCGUCUGUAUGAGGUGGUCACGGGCGAUGUUAUCCAAAGUACUCUUAUCAACUUCGCCGUCGUCUGGAUCGGCAUAUUGAAUUCGUUUUGGAAAAUUCUAAUCAUGACCAGUAUGUCGCCGCAAUUCCGUAUCGCUUUGAGAGUAUUUUGCUUAACCAUUUGUUGUAAGACUAAGGGCCGUUUGCAAGCAGAGCUAAUCGGGUUGGACCCAGAUGACUAGAGUUAGAUUUAGAUUUUCAUUCUCCUCAAAAAAAAUACAAUAAUUAUCCGUAAAUAUCCCCCUCCCAGCCCCCAUCCUCCGUAAUCCCUUUGAGAAGAACUACAAAGUCCUGCAAGUAAAUAAUUGGUUGUAAUUGCAUUGAGCCAUUUCCUUAACUCUCUAUCUCUCUCUCUCAAUAUAUAUAAACACUUACUUGCCUGUUUGCCAUAUAGUUGCAUAUUUACGGGCCGUUUGGCGCUACGCGACAUGCCAAUGAAAGCACCACCCACAGCCACAG